AAAAAAAACACAGUGACAAUGCCUCGACCAUCGCGUGAAUCGUACGGUGAUCAGAAGCCGCCGUACUCAUACAUCUCCCUCACGGCGAUGGCCAUCUGGUCGUCACCGGAGAAAAUGCUAUCGCUAAACGACAUCUACAAGUUCAUCACCGAUCGGUUUCCGUACUAUCGCACCAACACGCAGCGUUGGCAAAACUCACUGCGUCACAAUCUGAGCUUUAACGAUUGCUUCAUCAAGGUACCGCGACGUCCGGAUCGACCGGGCAAGGGAGCCUACUGGACGCUGCACCCGAAGGCUUUCGAUAUGUUCCAGAACGGGAGUCUGCUGCGACGCCGCAAGCGCUUCAAGCUGCACCAAACCGACAAGGAGUGGUUGAACGAAGAGUUUGUCGCGUUGGCCAACAUGAACCGCUUCUUCAUGGCACAAAACGGUGCCCCGACGUACCACGAUUCGGCCAGUUAUUACACCCCGAUUCCGGAACCGAUCGGCAGUGCCAGCCUAUCGCCACCGAACGUACUGUACGCACCGAUCUCUCCGCCACUUUCACCACCGGACGAUCUGCCCGGUCAGCAGCAGAAGACCAGCUCGGUACGGUCCGAGUCUCCAGCGGGCAAGACGGUGUCGGUGGCACCACCUUCGACACCAACAACAACGGCAACAGGAACGCCAACCGUCACCGUCGCCGCCGCCGCCACCACCAUCACGCCAAACCCUAAACCAAAGCGAGCAUUCACGAUCGAGAGUCUGAUCGAACCGGACAGCUCCUCCGAUUCCGAUGAUACCGAUCGUGCACCGCCGUUCCAUCACACCCAGCACCAACAGCACCAACAGCACCAACAGCAUCAGCAGCAGCAACAGCAGCUAGAUCAGCUACGGCAUCUAAGUCAGCAACAGUUGAUGAGCAACAUUAAUGCGUUCAAUGAGUAUGCGGCCGCUAUGCAUCAUCAGCAGCAUCAUCAGCAGCAAGUGGCGGUGGCCGCGGCGGCAGCUGCUGCUGCUGCUGCAGCCCUCGGUACACCGUACACCGGUGGUGUUCCGGUGCAUCCGUUGUUGUUGCCGCUCGGCAAGCUACCCGCACCGGCGUACUUCCUGCACUCCGGAGCUUCGUUUCAUCAUCCUCACCAUCAUCAUCAUCACCAUCACCAUGGGCAUCCUCACCACCAGCUUCCGCACCAGCAGCCGCUGGCCCAUCAGCAUCCUUCGCCAGCAUCACUCUCACCUUCACCACCGACGCAUCCGCAUCUGCACCAAACGCGACCCGAACCACCAUCCCUUGCGAUCGCUUGAAUCGCGCAUACCGGUCGCGGCUGAAGUCGUUCGGGCUAAUUGCAAUCUCGAUCUCGUUACGGUAGUUGUGUUCCUGUGCGACGAAACGGAGGGGGGCUAUGUUUAGUAGCUUGACGUGCGAUCGUGGCACAAAAUCUUUGGCCAAACUGCCAAUUGGGAAGCAGCGAACCGCCCGGCUGCUAGUGUGCGGCUGCGUAGCCGGAGGAUUUGCCACCACGUAUCAGCUACCAAACCAAGGACUGUGUGCGUCAUCUCGACUACUCGACUGAAUGUGAUGUAGUAUUCGUUUAGAUGUAGUUUGUAGUAUUUGUUUUAGUUUUAAACUCUCGGUCAAC